ACAAAAAAGAUCUUUUUCUUAAAUGUUUUAUCUGAAAAAAAAAAAAAAAAAAUAAUAAAUAAAACAAAAAUUGUCAUCUCUUUGUUAAAUGAAAAAAUGUUCAUGUGAAAUCCGGAAAAAGAAAAAUGUGUAUGUACAUUGUACAUACGUACGUACUAAACCAAGACCCAGAGUGAGAACCGCUUGUAAAGUUUGACCAACAUGUGACCUCAUUUUUAUGAUAAAUUUUGUCCGUCGUGCAACAAACCAUUAAAAAAAUUUCCAAUUGCAAUUAUUAUUGUUAGAAUUUAUAUGCGAUAGAGGGUGAAAAUAAAUCAUAACUAGCGGUUGAAGAACAAAAAAAAAGUAAACCUCCCUUUCUCACAGAAAAGAAAACAUUUUCGAAAUACCUAAUAAUAAAUAAAAAAAAAGAAAAAACAUUAAAACGAAUAAACAGACAGCUAAAAAAAAAAUCCCGAAUAAUCAAAUGAGAUGUGAGAAAAGGAAAACGCAUGGAAUAUAAACAUUGUUGUUGACCACCACCCACUCAGUGUAAAAAUUUGUUCCUGAUUCGUUCAGUGAUCGACCACACCGCCGGUGUAACGAAAAAAGAGAAGAAAAAAAAGUGCAUGAAAGCUUGAGUUUAAAUAUUACAUAAAACCAAAACAACAACAACACUUGAAAAAAUGAUUCCAAGUGAUUUAACUUUGUGAACAACAGCAAACAAAAUUAUAAACAAUUCUGUGAAAAAAAUUGAUAAAAAUGCAAUCUGUGGAAGUCAACAGUGAUUGUUCGAGAUACAUUCUGCAGGUUUAUGUAGGCGCACUUUCACUGCAUUAUGAAGCCCUUAGUGUUGAGGCUUCUAAGCAAACGACUGCGGAGGAGAUUGUAUCAUGUAUAGUUGAGCGUUUGGGCUUGCUAGGAAGUAAUUACGAGUUAGCUGAAGUUGCAGGCGAGUGCAAAGAAAGACGUUUGGCACCCGAAGAAAAACCGGUGUCGGUGAUGUUGCUAUGGCCAAUGCAUUCAGAUAGCGAUUUUCAUAGAUUUUACUUAAGAGAAUCACAAAGUGACAUCACGUGGUUAGAUAGUUAUGGACUCGACUCCCAAAUCUUUCGAGAUUUCAUUCCAUUUCUAUUACAACCAGAAAAUAGAGAAUAUCCUGAUUUGUGCCAAUUGCCAGACUUAAAUGAAUCAACUCUGUUGGAAAACUUAAGGCAACGUUUCGAAGCCGGAUACAUUUAUACUUAUGUUGGGAGUAUACUCAUCGCCGUUAAUCCGUUCAAAUUCUAUCCUAUUUAUAAUCCAAAAUAUGUAAGACUGUAUCAAAAUCAAAGAAUAGGCCCAAUUCUUCCGCCACAUAUAUUUGCAAUUGCUGACAAUGCAUAUUACUCAAUGCUUAAAGAGAAUAGAAAUCAAUGUAUCGUAAUUAGUGGUGAAAGUGGAUCAGGGAAAACAGAGAGCACAAAUUUUCUACUUCACCAUUUAACUGCUUUGUCACAAAAAGGAUCACAUGGAUCUGGUGUAGAACAAACUAUUCUAAGUGCUGGACCUGUUCUUGAAGCAUUUGGUAAUGCUAAAACAGCCCACAACAAUAACUCCAGUAGAUUUGGAAAAUUUAUUCAAGUUAACUACAGAGAAAAUGGAAUGGUCCAAGGAGCGAUCGUCCAAAAAUAUUUAUUAGAAAAGAGUCGAAUAGUAUCACAGGGCCCCUACGAAAGAAACUAUCAUGUUUUUUACUAUUUGCUAUCAGGUGCAACAGAUGCAGAACGUGAGUCUCUGUAUCUUCUUCCAGCUGAUAAAUACAACUACUUAAACUCAAAAAACCUAACAUUAGAAAAUUGUAAUGAAAAAUAUGAAUUUUCUCGUCUCAAACAAAGUAUGGAAAUGGUUGGAUUUUCUUCGGAAAAACAGCGCCGUCUCUUUAAUGUUUUAUCAGCAGUCUUGCUUUUGGGUAAUGUUGAAUUCUUUCCGAAAAAAUCAACCUACCAUCACGAUGAAAGUGUACAAGUUCGGAACUUAGAUGUCGUGGCUAUUAUAUCAGAGCUGUUGAAAGUGAAACAAGACACAUUGUUGGCGGCGUUAACUUCGAAACGCGUUAAAGCUAGUGGAGAGACACUUAUAAUGCAAUAUAAGUUACCCGAAGCAAUUGCUGCCAGGGAUGCAUUGGCUAAAUGUCUGUAUGGUGCUUUGUUCGAUUGGAUUGUUUUGCAAGUUAAUCAUGCCUUGCUUAACAAAGAUCAGACCCCUCAUACUGGUCACUCAAUCGGAGUACUUGAUAUAUUUGGAUUUGAAGACUUUGGUCCGCAGAAUAGCUUUGAGCAGCUUUGUAUCAAUUAUGCCAAUGAACAUUUACAGUACUAUUUUAAUUUGCACGUUUUCAAAUACGAACAAAAUGAGUACAAACGUGAAGAUAUUAAAUGGAGUGAUAUAGAAUUUAUGGACAACUCUGGAUGUUUGCAUUUAUUUGAAUCAAAACCCACAGGUUUACUUUGCAUUUUGGAUGAUCUUUGCAAUUUUCCGGGGGCUACAAAUGAAACACUUCUACAAAAAUUCAAUAGUGUCCAUAAGGACAAUAAAUUUUAUGAAAAACCCCAACGAAAAGAAAAUGCAUUUAUAAUAAAGCAUUAUGCGGGAAAAGUGAAGUAUCAGGUUACCGAAAUGAGGGAAAAAAAUUUGGACCUCAUGCGUCAAGAUAUUGUCAGCGUACUCAAAAAUUCCAGCAUGGCAUUUGUACGAGAGCUCGUUGGUGCCGAUCCAGUGGCCGUAUUCCGUUGGGCUAUUAUACGAGCAUUUUUUCGUAGUUAUUUUGCAUUUAGAAAUGCUGGCAGUAAACACCGAAAAGAAAGGACUGAUUAUGCUUUGAAUAAAUACAGUGGGAAGAAUCGUUAUCGCCAACAAAACGACAUCAUUUUAAGUAAAAAAAGUAACAUUAAAAAUGAGUUACCUAAUGCACCAAAUCAACUGCCGACUAAUGCGUGCCGUAACACCAGAAGAUCAUGGUCAAGUAUUGCAUUUAAUAAUAAAAAUUUCCCUGAUGGAAAACUUGUCUACGAGAGCAGUCAAGCUGGCGUAAUGGAAAACAGUUCUAAUAAAUUGUUUUCAAAAAAUUAUUCAAGAUUUGAGCGCUCCAGUCAGGAAGUUAUGGCUAAAGCUUCGCAAAUUGUUCAGAAAAAUAAAUCCUUCCGUCCGAGAGAGAGACCAAAGAAGGGACUAAAAAAUCUUCAAACUGUUAAAAUGAUGACGGCUGGCACAAAUUUGUUUAAUCAAACAGGUAUUAAAACCCGCAAACAACCUCUUACGGUAACAGCCCAGUUUCAAAACUCACUUACUGCACUCAUGGAUACACUUAAUCAGGCAAACCCUUUCUUUAUCCGUUGCAUAAAAUCGAAUGCACAAAAAAUACCAAACAAAUUUGACGAAACGACUGUUGUCCGACAAUUGCGAUACACUGGUAUGUUAGAGACUGUACGUAUACGAAGAGCUGGUUAUAAUGUACGAUUAACAUAUGAAGAGUUUAUUCAACUUUAUCGAAUACUGCUACCAAAAGGUUUGGUUAGUUCUCAAAAAGAUGUAAAAGAUUUCCUCAGUACUAUGGAUUUGAACAAGCAGCAUUAUCAGCUUGGUGCAACAAAAAUUUACAUGAGGGAAUCACAGAAAAUGCGUUUGGAUAUCAAACUACACACAAAAAUCAUCGAUAGCAUUAUUUUGAUCCAAAGAUGGUUUCGUGGUAUUCUUCAAAGAAAGAAAUUUUUACUCUACAAAAGUGCUGCUCUGACAAUACAAUCAUAUUGGAGAAUGACGCUAGCUCAAGAAAAACUUACGAGCAACCGUCAACGAUGGAGUGCAGCAAUAACAAUUCAAUCCUUUUGGAAAAUGUAUAAACAAAAAACGUUCUACCAUAAGUUAAGACUUAGUAUUGUGGUAGUACAGGCACAUGCUCGGGGCAUGUUAGCAAGGUUGCGUUAUAGUAGUCACAAAAUGCGCUUGCAAAAAGAAAGAAAUCGAUUGCGAUGCACGCAGAGUUUGCCGAGUACAGACAGAACUUUUAGUGAAAUCUAUAAAGCCGAAGAUUUCAAACGUUCUUUUCAAAGACCACAUCACAGCUUGGAUAGUGAAUUCGAUGAACCGGCUAUACAACACAAUCUAGAAGCAACACUUCUUGAAUCGCAAAAUAAUGAAGUACUUCAAAAGGCUGGCAAUCAAUUGAGAAAUUUGAUGAUUUUAUCUGGCAAUAAUAACCGAACGAUUCCUAUUGGAAGUGAUUAUUCACUACCUCAAAAUUUUGAUAUUAAAUUACAUCUAAGGCAAAACACUACUGAAAAUGUUGAAAAAGGAAAACAGAUAUAUCCGAAUAGUGAGACUGGCGUAAAAUAUAUUGAAAAAAGCCCAGAAAAUUUCAAAAGACAUGACAUCAUUAAAACUCCAGUGCGAAGAACAGAUUCUGGUCCUACAAACUAUUAUAACAUGGACUAUGAAGAUAUUGGAGAUUAUAAUAACACAUUAGAUAUAGACAAUCAGCAAUCAAACAACCCAACGAAAAAAGACUACAGCCUUUUAACAAAAACAAAUCCUGUAGAAGGGAGUUCACAAAAUGUUAGUGAUAUUAUAGCUGGGCAGCAGCACCAAGGAAGGUAUCACAUGAGUGAUGCACAAAGUCCCCAAAAAUCCAUUAGUGCAGGCGAUCCAGAAAUAAAUUCCAAUUACUCUAAGCAUUAUGAGAAUAUCAAUGUAUUGCCCGACACUCACUCAAAUUACCAACUAACGGCAAGUCCUCAUCAAGCAAGUUCCUAUUCACAAAAGCAUUACGCCAAUGAUGAGAGUAAGUCAUCAAGUCCUGCACAAACUGUAUCAACUGCUAGUGUUGCGUCUGCUUCAGUACCUAAAGGUAAGGCUGCGGCACUUUUAGGUUCAAUAUCGGAAGAUCAAGCUCAAUACAACAUGACUAGUCGCCUUAAUAAGCCAACAAAGAGCCGUCGAGUCAAAUCAAAUUUGAGUGAUGACUUGAGUUCGGUUGAAGUGGUAGCACCGCGUUUUCCUAAGUUAAGUGAUCCACCUGCCGAACGAUUGCGUCGCCGUAACUCAGAUCCAAGCACCAAUAAGGUUCCACUUCUUGAGGUUAAUAGAGGCAAUGACAUGUAUCAAUCUUCCACUCAAAUCAAUAUUGCUGGACAUAGAUUCCGAAAAGCUGCCCGAAUUGGAAAAGCAGAAAAAUGUGCAAGCUGUCAAGAGAGUGAUGCGUUUGUAAAUGAAGGUUAUCGUUGUUUGGACUGCAAAGUACUCGUGCACACAAAAUGUAUUCAAAAUGGUGGAGUCAAAACACUUAUAUGUGAAGCAAAAAGAUCAAAACGCAUGCGAAAAGGUACAGAAAAAAGCAUGACACCAAACUCAAAAUAUUCGGCACGAGAGUAUACAGAUUCCACGGACAGAAUUAUAAGCGAUGCUAAGGAAUUAAAUCUAAUGCAGGAUUUCAUCACACAAAAAAUUUAUAAAAUGGAUGAAAAUGAAGGGGAAAAAUCAUCAGAAGUUGAUAGAGUAUUCAAACAAGCAUUGCGAGCCUUUAAGGACAAUCUAGUGACGCAAUAUAGUGUUGCACAUAAACAAAACUCUGAUUCAUUAAACAUAAAGUAUAGAGAUUUAAUUGAUAAUUUUGGUCAAGUUAUGGAAACGUGUUGUGGAAAACAGAAUGACUUCCCUCUGACCAUGGGGGUAAAUGCAUUUCGUGGCUUCAUGAAUGAGUUCAUGAAUUCUAGAGAAACGGAAAAACCAAAGGCUAAAAGGAAAAAGGAGAAGAAAAGAAAAGUCGAGGAACAUACAAAUUAUCACGGACAUACGUUCCAAUUAACUAUAAUCAAUAUACCGACGGCCUGUGAAAUAUGUCAACUUUUUUUGCUAUGGCCAAUCGAACGGGGAUUGGUUUGUCAAAACUGUCGCCUUACUUGUCACAAAAAAUGUUAUCAAAAGGCUUCUUCAUGCAACAAAACAUCUUCAUCACACGGUGGAUGCGUAUCGUCACAAUCUAGUAUUACUGACUCAAAACUCUUUGGUGUGCCAUUAACGAAUUUAUGUUUAGCUGAAGGAGCUAAAAUACCCAUACAAAUCGAACAACUUAUUACUAAAAUUGAAAUGUUAGCUCUCUAUACUGAAGGGAUAUACCGCAAGAGUGGCGUCAAUUCCAAAAUAAGAGAACUCAAACAAAAAAUGUCUGAAACUCCGAUUGGUGCAGAAAUUGACUAUGAAUCUUAUAACGUACAUGUGUUAGCCAAUGUUUUGAAAUCAUUCCUACGUGAAAUGCCGGAGCCGUUACUUUCGUUCGAUCGUUACGAUGAUUUUUUGCGUGCCUCUGAUUUACCAGAUACGAAUGUGAGAGUACAAACUCUUCUUUCGUUGAUUAAAAAACUUUCGGCUUCGCAUCAUUUUCUGUUAGAGCGUUUAAUUUUUCACUUGGCUCUGGUAGCCCAAAGAGAAAAACACAAUCGCAUGUCGGCGAGUUCGUUAUCAAUAGUUUUCGCUCCUUGUGUUUUACGAACAAAUCGUUUAGUACCUGCUCAGGAUAGUCUUAAUGAUAUUUGUAGACAAACGAAGUGCAUAGAAACCCUGAUCACACAGAAGAUGUUAAAUGUGAAGAGUACACUAGCUGAUAUAGACACUUUGGACACGGCAGCACACACCGCCACCACUAGACUUAGUACUUUACGAAGCUCAAAAGUGUUUGCCCCGGAGGAGUUAACCCAGCGGCCAUCGCAAAUUGAGACUGAAACGGAAGAAAUGAUAUUAGAAGGACACAUCCAAGAAAUUCGGAAAGAGAAAGCACUAUUAACUUCAGCGUUGCCAAAUUUAGUAAGGACUACGUCAGACGAUGACUUGCUCUCGACUGAUUUAGAUGGGGAAGGUGGGAGUUUGGAUGACUUGAGUACGGGAAAGGACAAAGAUAGUCAUUCUUUAGCUGAGUGUAAAGAUUUCAAAGAUAGCAUUGACUCUUCAUUUGGAAGUCUUAGUGGAGAUAAUAAUGCCAGUCGAAAAGGAUACGAUGAGAAACAACAGUCACAAGAGCACUACCAACAGCAGCAAACGCACAAUGUGCAAAAACAAAAUUUCGACGCAGAUUCAGCGAGUGAUUCCAUAGUUCUAAGCUAUAAUCUUCGUGAUCAAAAUAUCGAUUACAUUUCGAGUCCCAGGCAUCAUGUUUCCUUGGAUCACGAAAUGGUAUCAUCUGGCUAUCCGACGACGAAAAGUUAUUCAUCUACUCCCAAAUCAACAUCAUCCAAUAAUGGCAACAGUAGUUUCGUUUGCAGUGGAACGCGACGUUCUGGCAGUCAACAGAAUCUAAGUUAUACCAUGGCACAGGUAUCAUCGACAAGUGCCGGUCCGAGUGGACUCAAUUAUACAACAACAAGCCAAUCGGGCAAACCAAUGGCUGUGCGAAGUAUGUCAAGUGGCUACGAUGCUACAAACAUACAUCUACUCCCAAACGCACCCCAGUGUAUAUCCGGAGCUGAUGGAUUUCAAAUGCUUUCAGCUAUUCCUUCAUCAUCGUCAUCAUCAUCUUCUGCAACAUCACCACAUGUCAUAGCAGGAACGUCUCUCUCUGCAUCAUCUUCAUUACCAACACCAUUUCCCAAUACCAGUAGCAAUAAAGUAACAAGUAUUAUAGAGGGCGGUAAUAUAAAAACGACUCGGAAGAAAAAGAAACAGGAAAGUUUGGACGACGAACCAAUUAUGGUAUUUCCUAAUGGCAAAAAAAUAAAUAUAUGGUAAAUGUGAUGUAGUAUGUUAUUUUUUUUCCAUAAAAAAGGUUAUUAAUAAUACAAUAACCCAUCAAGUUCUCGAAAAGCAUUAUUAAGAAAUAAAGUGUAAAAACGCAAAAUAUUUGUUAUACAUUGUUUUCGCUUUUUAUUGUCAUAUCUAUCUAUAUAAGCAUAUAAUUUUAAACUAAAUAAAUAAAAUUUUAAUUCAACAUGAAAUAGUGAUAGAUUUUACUAAGCUACGUAAACCAAUUUAAAUAAACAAACAAAAAUAAAAAUACUCUGUAGCAAAAGUUGUUCUUUUUUAUACACAAAUUUAAACAUAUACAUAUAUAUAUAUAUAUAUAUAAAUAUAUAUAAUAUAUACCUUAAAAAACAUACUUUAAACAUAUAUAUAUAUAUAUAUAUAUAUAUAUAUAUAUAUAUAUAUAUAUAUAUAUGUGAAUCUCUUUAAUUUCGUAUCCAUUAUCAAAACUCUUUUAUUCGUAUGAGUAUUUAAUAAUUUGCAAUCCAAACAAACGCAAAAGAAAAGAAAUGGAGAAAUAUAAAAGGACCUGUUCAGGUUCUGUUGGAUGAUCAACAUUAUUUUUUUAUUAUUAUUAUUAUUAAUAUUAUUAUUAUUAUAUUAUACAUAUAUUUUAUGUAAGUGACCAAGUCAAUAUUUAGGUUUCACUAUUUGUACAGUAUACUUUCAUUUAUUUGUUAAAUAAAGUGGUAAAAUAAAUAAUGACUAGUA